CGUAAGCAACCUUCACGUUCAUAUGACCUUUUGCAGACGAAAGAUUGGUGGACUUAUGAGCUGUGUUACGGAAAGAAAAUCUCGCAGUUUCACGAGGAACGAGAGGAACGUCUAAGUGAGACAGUUUUAGGUUAUUACGAAUCAGAAACCAUAUGGAAUGAAACGGUGGACUUCGUAAGUAUGAUCUUCCAAUUUUAUACGAAUGGCAGUGUUUGCGACUUGACUUCGAAACCCAGAAGUUCUGAAGUUCGCUAUACGUGCGGCAAUGAACAUUCCCCCGAGAUUAUCUCUGUGAACGAACUGGAAAGCUGCAUUUAUUUGCUUACCGUUGAGGUGCCGUCACUUUGUGCUCACCCGGCGUUCGUCGUAACAGUACCACCUAAAGUUGAGGAGAUUUUAUGUGGGGUGGUACCCGAUGGUGAGACCCAAUCCCACAGCGGUGAGGUUUUUACAAUGUCGCAACAAUGCACUUUCAUUUCAGAGAACAAAACUGUUCCUGAUAAAGGAAAACCUAUAUCAUCCACCUCCAAAGAGUCUGUUCCAAAUAAAACCGACGUACCGGAAAGAAUCAAACGGAUUUACACGUUACAAAAUCUGUACUCGGUGAGUUUUGAACUGUUCUUCUGUAAUAUAUGA